AUGUUAAAGUUGGAGAAUCAGGUCCGUGAUAAAUCUGGUUGUGAAUGCAAAAGUUGUGGGGAAAUUAGCUCAGAGCUCUUUUUCAGAAAAGCAAGCUCGAGGCACGCAAGCAAGCAAAGCUUGAAAGUGGAGUGGAGAGUGGAACCAAAUGAGGGAGAGCUCGGAGGGGAAUCAGAUCUAGACAGAGAGGAACGGGAACAGGAACAGGAACAGGUAUCCUCAUUGAAUGUGUCAAGUAAACUGUAUACUUGGUGCUCUACAUCAGCUACUGCUAUCUGUACGCUCUCGAGUCUUCACAUCACAUCCAUGAUCCAUCUGGAAUCUGGAAUCUGGAAUCUGGAAUCUGGAUUCUUUGUAGAUUAUUCGCAAUAUAUUAAAAGGCUCCACCUCAAAAUCCCAUGCAUUUGUGAACCCAGAAAAAGUGAUUUCCCGAUCAUUCUCAUAUUUUCCACCUGUUUGUUACUCCACAAUCAUGCCAACCUCUCACAAACCCGGUCUUCAUCUGCCUUGGAACUCUUUCCAUGA